AUGAAAGCAAUUGAAUGUGGAAUUCUUUGUGCUGAUUUUAAAGAGUUGUUUCUUCUUGAUGUGACUCUUCUUUCUCUUCCUAUUGAGAUACUUGGUAGAAACACCACAAUUCCAACAAAGAAAAGUCAGGUCAACUCUUUAAUUGGAAUUUGCUGUAGUGACGAAAAUGCCCUUGUAUCACCAGAUCAUGCAUGUGGGAAAUCGAGUUUAUGAAAAUACUUUUUUUUUGAGGGGUAGCUGUUGCCUGGAAAGCUGCAAAUGUGAAACCUGGAACUACAGUGGUCGUAUUUGGACUAGGUGCAAUUAGGCAAGCUGUAUGAUUCUUAUGAACUUAUAUAAAUGAUUCUUAUGAACUUAUAUAAAGAUACAAUUUUAAAAGGGUCCAUAACAGUAAAAUGGGACAGUGUAUGUCUUUUAAAUUGACUUGCCCCAUAACAAUACUCA